AUGCGUUACUCCCUAGCUCUAUCCUACCUACUCCAGUCUGUCUCUGCUCUAAGUCUGUCGGUAGAUUCCUCUGGUGGCAACUCUUCAAGCCAGCUUCUCUAUGGUGUGCUUUACGAGGAUAUAUACCACUCUGGAGAUGGCGGUUUGUACGGAGAGUUGAUCCGCAAUCGCGCUUUUCAGGGUUCAUCCAAAGACCGCGUUGCUAGCCUGGAUCGCAAUACGGACUUUUGGCACCCAGUCGGCGGUGUCACACUCUCUAUUGAUGAUUCAAAGCCUGCCUUGUCUUCCAGCCUGCCGUACCACCUACGCAUGGACGUCCCGAAAGGCGCAACUGGUAAGGUGGGGUUUUAUAAUGAAGGCUUCUGGGGUUUCAACGUCGAUGCCACCAAGCGCUAUAUCGCCAGUCUACACAUCAGAGGCGACUAUAGCGGCUCCGUCGAGGUGUACUUCAAUAACUCUAUCACGGCAAAGAAACUGUCAAGUGCUGCUGUCAAGGUAACUCAGGCAGAAUCCAAUGGCUGGAAGAAAAUUGAAACUCCUACCUUUCACCCUGCAUCUUCACCUGGAAAUCCCAACAACACAUUUUAUUUCACUUUCGACGGCGAAGCGCUCGCCGGAAAGUCACUUGACAUCAACCUGCUGAGUCUUUUUAAGCAAACUUACAAGAACCGCUUCAAUGGUUUGCGAGAAGAUCUUGCACAGGCCGUAGGCGACAUAGGCGCCUCGUGGAUCAGAUUGCCGGGCGGCAACAACAUGGAGGGUGUUGGUUUUCCCUAUCACUUCAAGUGGAACGAGACUAUCGGUGACCUCAAGGACCGACCUGGUAGACUAGGCACCUGGGGUGAUAUCAACACAGACGGCUUCGGUAUCCUCGAGCAGAUGCAGAUGGCCAAGGACUUGGACCUUACCGUCGUGCUUGGACUCUUUGCUGGGCUUUACCUCAAUGGAGACAUUAUUGCACAAAAAGACAUCGGGCCUUGUGUUGAUCUGGCGUUGAGUGAGCUGGAGUUUCUCACUGGUGAUACAUCUACAAAACAUGGGUCACUACGUGCCUCUCUCGGAUUCCCUGAGCCGUUCACUGUUGAGUGGGUCGAGAUCGGAAAUGAGGACUAUCUCAAUGGCGGUGAACCGACAUACAAAUCGUACCGCUUCAGGGCAUUGUACGACGCCAUUCGCGCCAAGUAUCCCAAGAUGAACGUCAUCUCGUCCAUCAACCUGUCGCCAUCGCCUGACAAGGGAAACGGAGGUAUAGUAGACCUCCACAUCUACGAUAACGAGGCCCAUUUUGCCAGCCUGUUCAACACCUUCGAUCAGGCAAGCCGAGACUAUCCCGUGUUCGUGGCUGAAUACGCAGCCAUCCGAUCGGGCUCAAACAGCGGCGGCGAGAUUGGCGCGCAGACCUUCUCGAUGGCCUGUGCCGAGGCUAUAUUCCUGCUGGGCUGUGAGAGAAACUCCGACGUUAUUGUAGGCAGUGCCUAUGGCGCUCUCAUCAAACAAUACGACGAAGAGCCGCGAACGGUUGCGGUGUUGAAACAUACGGCCGACCAGAUCCUCAAGACGAACAGCUUUUAUGUGCAGAAACUUUUCGCUGCCAACUUGGGUUCCCAGACUGUCCCUGUCAAUGCCACUGGAGGGGGCUUCGGUCCUGUUUACUGGUCUGCGACCAAGACGGCGGACAGAACCUUGCUUAAGCUGGUCAACUACAAUGGCAACACAGGCCCUUCCAAUGCGGUCAAGGUUACGGUUAAGGGUUCCAAAGCUACCACGGCUACGCUCACUGUCCUGUCCGCGCCAAAUGGGUCCAGUGUUAAUAACCUCCCUGGUGGUGGAGGCGAAACAAGCUCAAUCAGGACGGCGAGCCUUAAAGCAGAGAAUGGGGUAUUCUCUGUGAUCUUUUCGAAAUCUUAUGAGAUAGCCAUUCUUAGCAUUUAAGGGGCUUUAGUGUUAGCUAUAAUACCUUGGGAUUCAACUAUCCUAUCAAGAAAAGGUAACUAUGCUAUUAAAGAUAUAGGGUUCUACAGUUAGGGAUAUUGGUUUCCCAAUUGCUAUAGUAAAGGUAGGAUAAUAAAUAUAUAAUUCAUUCAGCACAUUCAAGUUAUCUAGAAUGCUUUC